AUGUCAUCACGAUAUGAUCUUACUUUGCAACAGAAAAUUGAAUUGAUUAAUGAAUCAGAAUCAAAAUUAACUGAUGUUUAUAUUAAUUCAAAAGCAAAAAGACAAACAACAUUAGAAGAUUUUUCUACAAUAACAGUCCCGACAACAACGACAACAAUUACUACUACUAUGAACGUUCCACCAGAUGCAUUACCGCAACGUGAAAUAUUUGCUCGAAAGAAUACAACUCAACCUUUUACAGUGAAUGAAAAUAAUCAAAAUCAACAGGUACAACAACAACAACAACAACAACAAAAUCACCGACAACCUGAUGAAAAUGAUAAUAUAUCUGACGUAGAAGUAGAAGUGAAUGAUGAAUCGAUACCGAUAAAUAUUAAUAAGAAAACAAGAAAAGAUAAGGAUAAGAAAAAGAUUCGUCGAUAUCUUGAACCAAAUCGUAUAUUAAAAUGGUUAGAAGAACAUUCAAGAAGUUCUAAAAAUGCUAUAAGUCGUCGUGAUAAUCAAGCAUAUGUGUUAGCUUCAACUUCAAUUUAUGAUGAAUGGGUUCGAAAUAAUUAUGAAUUACAAGUUUGGCAAGCAUAUUUAAAAAUGGGUACUGAACACAAACAUUGGGCUAAAGAAGUCGUUCGACGUACAAAAAGACGAGAUGAUGUAAUCAAUACUCGAUUUGUUGAAAAGAAAAUUAAUCGAUUAACAACUGCUAUUGCUGAAGCAUCUCAAACAACUGCUAAUUUAGUAGCCAAGCAAUUAUCUGUCGAAAGAGGACGUCAAACAACAACUGCAGGAACUGUAGGUACAGAUACAGAUGAUGAAUUAGAUACAGAAACUGCAGGAGCUGUUCCGACGACAACAACAACUACUUUUAAAAAUUAUGUACGUGAACUAGUUGAACGUAUUGAAAUAUAUAUAUUAGAAUAUAUUCACUUUUGUACUCAACAUGUUAAAAAGAUGGCUCAAAGUCGAAUACAAAUAGCUAAAGCUCAAAUGGAAGAAUUUAAAGCUUUAGAAGAUUUCGAACAAAUAGCCACUCCAGCCCAAUGGAACACUCAUUUCUUGCUUAAACCUAAAGUGAAGCUAUGGUUAACUAAAAAUAAAAAUUAUCAAAUACUAUCAAAACGUGUUGAAUUAGAUAUGCCUCCAAAAAUUAUUGAUAAAGUUGAUUUUUCUUUUAAAAUUGAUGAAUCAAUCAUAAGUCAAGAUGAAACACAAGCCAUGUAUAAUCAAAUGCGUCAAAUUACGAAAGAUUUCCGAACUCAAGCAAUGACAUUAUAUGUUCAAUCAGCUGCUCGAGAAAAUGAAAUCUUAUCGAAUGAAAUUAAAGGUAUUAUUGAAAGAUUUCCUCAAGAAAACGAUGAUGGAUUUGAUGCUGAACCUGGUUAUGCAGCUUUUAAGCAAUAUCAUGAAUUACGAGAGAAAAGAAUGAAAUUAGAAAUUGAACAAUCGCUUUAUUUUUUAUUCGAACAGCGAGUCGAGAGAUUUCUUGCUCCAGCAAUAAUUAAUGAAGCAAAUAUGCGAUUAACUGAAGAAGAACAUCAAUUAUUAAAAUUCGGACCCAAAUUUAUAUUUAAUGAUUCAAAAACAGCAGCUCGACGACGUAUAACUGGGUUGGCUACUUUGAAACGAAAAAUAGAAAAAUGUUUUCUUCGUAAGAAAGUUAGUCCCGGUCGUCCACUUCAACAAUUUAUCGUCGAAUUAGAUGUUCUUCUUCAAACGUUACAUAAUAUUUCUAUAACAAGUAAAAAUUUAAAUAAAAGUUUAAUAAUUGGAAGUCAAAUGAAUCAAAAUGACAUUAUUGAGUUAAUAAAUAGUCAAGCAAGUCAAUCACAAGUUUUAAAUGGAGUAAAAGUUAAGAAAAAGAAAAAUUAUGGAAGAUUAGUUAAGAGACUAAAGCAUAAAUUUAGAUUGGCUAAUGUUAUGUUACAAAAAUCAGAUAAAUCAAAAGUAUUCCAUUUAGGUAAAAUUGAAGAUUAUCGAAAGAAAUCAAACGAGUACAUGGAAAAAACUCAAGCAUAUAAAUGUCUUGGUAAAGAAGAUCCAUUACCUGAUUUGAUUAAAAGGACAAAUAAAUAUUUGUUAGAUUUACGAUUAGCUAAAUGGAUUACCCAAAAACAUUAUGAAUUAUUAAGUAAAAAACCAAAUGAAGUAGAACUGGCUCAUUUAUAUUAUUUACCAAAAGCUCAUAAACCUGGCACUCGUCUGCGCCCAAUUAUAAGUGGACUUUAG